UUAAUUCAUAUCAGCUCAAACUAUUUGAAUAAACCAAACCUAAAUGUAUAAUUUUGUUUGUACUGUGUCCAAUGACAAGUAUACAACAAUCAACUAAUAGAAGCGUAGAAUUAACUACUGCACGUGCGCACGAGGAGGAGAAGCAGAACCCGAGGGUUAAUGCCCGAGGGAGGGACGGCGAGAGGCGAACCAAACAGAGGGAAACUCCGUCGAAGUCGAUCGACUAUUUUGAGGACUCUAAAUCCGUCGAAAGGGACUGGGGCGAAGAUGAAUAUCCGCAGACCGAAUAUGAAGGGGACGAAAUUAAGACCGGUGAAAAUGGAGAGGGAAUCGAGAACUUUGUACCGGAGCUAUGUGACAACUUUGAUGACAUGAACCUGAAGGAUGAACUCCUGAGAGGUCUUUACGGCUAUGGUUUUGAAAAACCUUCAGCAAUCCAACAGAAAGCCAUCGUGCCAUGCAUUAAAGGGUAUGACGUGAUAGCCCAGGCUCAGUCGGGUACGGGGAAAACUGCGACGUUUUCAACAGCGGUGUUACAGAGGAUCAACACUGACCUGUCAGAGUGCCAGGCACUCAUUCUGUCACCUACCCGAGAACUAGCCCAGCAGUCUUACAGACACCUGCUCUAUCUUGGAGACUACAUGGACGCCGAGGUGGUCGCUCUUGUCGGUGGUCGGCGGGUGAGUGAAGACGUCAGAAGACUUAGGAGCGGCAAGGUCCACGUGGUUGUUGGAACACCGGGGCGUAUCUUUCAUUUAAUCAAGGAACGUGCACUAGAGCUGCGUUGCCUGAAGAUGUUCGUGCUGGAUGAAGCAGACGAGAUGUUGUCACGUGGUUUUAAGGACCAGAUUUACGACGUUUUCAGACAUACACCAGAAGAUGUCCAGGUAAUUCUAGUGUCGGCCACCAUGCCUAGUGAAGUUUUGGACGUAACUUCGAGGUUCAUGCGGAACCCUGUCCGGAUCUUGGUGAACAAAGAAGAACUCACCCUGGACGGAAUCCGGCAGUUUUACGUGCAAGUCGAGCGUGAAGAGUGGAAGUUCGAGACCCUCUGUGACCUGUAUACCACGGUCUGUGUAAACCAGGCGGUUAUAUUCUGUAACAGCCGGAGGAAGGUAGAGGCCCUUACCAGACAGAUGAACGACCGCGACUUUACCGUGUCUGCUAUUCACGGGGACAUUGACCAAGAUGAGCGUGACACGAUCAUGCGUGAAUUCCGCACGGGUUCUAGUCGUGUCCUGAUUACAACUGACCUACUUGCACGUGGCAUUGACGUGCAGCAAGUGUCUCUUGUUAUCAAUUACGACCUGCCGUUUGUGAGGGAGAACUACAUACACAGGAUUGGCCGCAGUGGUCGGUUUGGCAGGAAGGGCGUGGCCAUUAAUUUCGUCACGUUCAAUGACGAGAGAGUAUUGAAAGAUAUAGAACAGUUCUACAACACAGAGGUCCAAGAGAUGCCCAGAAACAUUGCAGAUUACAUGUAACAGACAUUGAAAAUAUCACAGAUUUUAUGAAACAGACAUUGUGAAAAUAUCACAGAUUUUAUGUAACAGACAUUGAAAAUAUCGCAGAUUUUAUGUAACAGACACUUAAAAUAUCGCAGAUUUUAUGUCAAAGGGAGAGAAAUCAGACACUGAAAAUCAAACAAUGUUCUUGUUGGCGUUUAUAAUGCAAAAUAUGGAAUAACUUCUUAGUGCCAAAAAAAUUAUAUUCACCAACAAUGCUUAAAAUGUUAAAAAAAGUGGUCAGAUCUAGAUGUAAAUUGUUAAAAGAUAAAGCCAGUCUAAUAAUGCUAAAAUGUGGCAAAUUCUGAUUAAAAUAUUUGAAUGUUAACACCUACAAAUUGAUUUUUUGCAAUAAAAGUGCCAUCUAUC